AUUCUUUACAUGGUAUUCAGAGCCUUGUAGAAUUCUUCUCUACAUUUUUUUUUCUCCGUCUCCUCCUCAUGGAGAUCACACAAGCAACCACUCUUGUUCAACUCAACGCCCCAACGAACUUUCCCAUCAAAUUAUCUGCAACCAACUUUCCGGUAUGGCGCCGGCAAAUUGAAGCCACUCUCAUCGGGUUUGAUCUUCUUCCAUACAUCGAUGGUUCUCUUAUUGUUCCGUCUCAGUUCAACGAUGAUGCCAAGAAGGUUCCAAAUCCAUGCUAUUCCACGUGGUUCCGCCAGAAUCAGAUCCUUAUUAGCGCGUUUCUUGGGGGCUGCACCGAACCUGUUCAACCCCUUCUCUCAGCCGUUACCACCGCAAAGGAGGCCUGGGAUGUUCUUCUCACCAGUUAUGCAAAUGCCUCUCCCGGUCGUAUUCUUGCACUCAAAAGCAAACUCUCUCGUAAUCCCCGUGGCAACGGAUCCAUUCCGGCUUACUUGAAAGACAUGCAAGAGAUUGCCGGUGAUUUGGCAUUGGCGAAAAAUCCUGUUUCUGACACUGAUUUGCAGAUAUUUAUUCUCAAUCAGUUAGGAGAUGAUUACCGAUCUAUUAUCAGUGCACUCCGGGUACGUAAUACACCCACAUCCAUGCUUGAACUCAGGGGCGGAGCUAGAGGGGUGGCCAACCGGGCCACGGCCCGCCCCAAAUUUGAAAAUUCUUUGUAUUUUUAGUCUAAAAAUUUAUGUGAAAAAAAUUAUCUGAAAAAUUCUUUGUACCGGCUCAGCCCAACCUUCAAUCCUAGCUACGCCCCUGCUUGAACUUUCAGAGAUUCUCACGGAUCAUGAACGUUUACUCAAAGAUUCUGAAGAUGAUGGACCCUCUUUUCUGCCUACCGCUAAUAUAACUCAACGUCAGCCUUCAUCUGGGUCUGCUUUAUCUGAUUUCCGCAAGCGAGAUCACCUCUUUGGGCAUCGCAGCAACUCCGGACACCGUCCGACUCAGUCCUCUUCUGGUAGUGUUUCUCCAGUCCCUGCGGCUGGCCGCUCACGUGCAGUUUGUCGUUUUUGUAACUUUUCAGGUCAUGUAGUCAAAGAUUGCCGCAAACUUGCCCGAUUUUUACGGGAUAAUCAAAUUCAUACACCGCCUGUUGUCAAUACUAUGACUCACAGUGAUCUCUCUGGAUCUUCUCAACCAUGGCUUUUUGACUCCGGAGCGUCUCAUCAUGCAGCUUCCGGAGUGGCUUCCUUGCAGGAGUUUUCAACUUAUGAUGGUCCUGAUGAAAUCCGCCUGGGAAACGGACCAGAAAACCGGCACUCACAUCAUGAGGGGUAGAAAUGUCAACGGUGUUUAUUAUGCUCCCACCACUGUUGGUUCACCUAUAAUCAAUGCUACCAGUUUGUCUUCCGUGUCUCAUCUUCAUCAUAGCCUGGGACACCCAUCAAAUAAGAUUCUAGUUACUCUAUUGAAUAAAUGUGACAUGAAUGUAUCAUCCAAGGCCAUUCGUGACUUUACUUGUACUUCUUGUCAUAUAAAUAAAAGUCAUAAAUUACCUUUUGCAGUUAAUUCUCUUACUAGUUCUCGUCCACUAGAUCUAGUUUACACCGAUGUUUGGAG